UCCAGUCUUGCGCAGAUUGUUCAAAUACUUUGUAGAUAUGUUGUUAAGUAAUUCUGAUAGAUGAUAUAUUUGUUUAUAUUUUUAUUAAAAAAAAUCUCCGUCUACACAAACGAAAUUUAAAAACCAAGGUUUCGAACGAAGUUAAAUAACCGUUAAUAAAAUAUUUUUCUGAUUAACUCCUAUUAUUAGUUAAUGCCAGGCUUGUUCACUCUACUUAGUACUUAAAAUGAUCUGUUUUCAAAACGUCGCGUUGUAUCUGUUCACUACAUUUUUUAUCUCUAAUACAGUGACGUCGAUUAGUAUAAAUGAAGAUCAAUCUUAUUGGAGAACAAAUGGACACGAUUCAUUAAUGGAAGCAUUAAACACAAAAACAGUGGUAGGUGUUGCAAAAAAUGUUAUUUUAUUUAUUGCCGACGGAAUGGGUAUGACAACCAUGACCAGCUCGAGGAUAUAUGGAAAAACUGAAAAAGGAUUCUUAGCAUGGGAAAAACUUGAUAAUAUUGGCGUACUGAAGGUCUAUUCUGCAAAUAAACUAGUACCAGAUUCCUGUAGUACUGCAACAGCGCUUUUUUGUGGAGUGAAAGCGAAUCACAAAACUUCCGGUGUAGAUGCGUCUGUAGAUGUUGAUGAUUGUGAAGCAUCAUUAAAACCAGAAUCCAAUUUGAAGAGUAUAAUCGACUGGGGACAAGAAGCUGGAAAAUCUACAGGUUUUGUAACCACUACGAGAGUAACACAUGCAACGCCAAGUGCAUUAUACGCACAUACUCCCAAUAGGAACUGGGAAUGUGAAAGUAGAAUACCUGCUUCUAGUGCAAAAUGUAAAGAUAUUGCCAGACAACUUGUAGAAGAUUCUCCUGGAAAGAAUAUACAGGUAAUAAUGGGAGGUGGUAGACAGUGUCUUCAAUCGUCUGUACAAGAUACAAUAGCAGAUCCCAUUGAUACGUGGUCUUGUUAUAGCAAAGAUGGCAGAGAUUUAAUAGGAAAGUGGAUAGAUCAUAAACAGUCACAAAACUAUUCCUAUCAAGUUUUGAAUAAUAAUGAAGAACUAAAUAAUUUGGAUCUGAGCAAAGAAUACACUUUAGGAAUUUUUGCGAAUGGUCAUUUGAAAUAUGAUUACGAAAGAGACAAAGGACCUAGAGGAAUGCCAUCUUUAUCCAAUAUGACAGAGAAAGCAAUCCAGCUCCUACGUAAAAAUCAGAAUGGAUUCAUUCUAAUGGUAGAAGGGGGCAUGAUUGACCAAGCUCAUCAUCGCGGCCAUGCACGGAAAGCUUUAGGAGAAGUUAUUGGCUUAAGUGAUGCGGUCGAAAAAGCUUUGGAAUUGACUGACCCUAUGGAAACUUUAAUUAUUUUAACAAGCGAUCAUUCUCAUUCGAUGUUGCUUACUGGUUAUCCUAACAGGACUCAAGGUGUUCUUUCGUUUACAAAAUCUGAGAUGGAUGAUUUACCGUUUACUUCUUUGGUUUAUGGAACGGGAGGUCCUAAUAAUUAUCAGUUUAUGGUAGACAACGGAACCAUAACUAGGGAAAAUCCUUCCAAAAAUAACACAGCAGAUUGGGAAUAUUCCCAACAAGCUUUGGUAUAUACAGAUGAGGUAACGCAUAGUGGAGCUGAUGUAUUGGUUUUUGCUAGAGGUCCUAUGGCGCAUCUAAUCAAUUCUGUGCAUGAACAAACUUACAUAGCAUAUGUUAUAGCAUACGCUAGUAAAAUUGGACCAUAUGCUCAAAAUGCAGCAGCAGAAAUUAAUCUUUAUUCAAAUAUGUAUAUGUUAACAGCUCUUUUAUAUAUGUUACUUAACUAAUAAUUUACUUAAAAGAACGAAUAGAGAACUUUGCGAAAAAA